UACAUAUCACACUGCCCCCAACCCCAGCCCUUGUUCUGUAAACAGAAAUCCCAGAAAGGGAACACACACGAAUUCCCUGCCUUCUAGGGUUUCCCUUUUAGGUUUUUAUCUCUUCUUUUCUUCUUCCCUCUCUGUUCUUUCCUCUGGUUUCUGUCUUGCUCUCUAUGGUAAUUCUAAUCCUGUGUAUGAACCCCAAUAAAUUCUCUCAGCUUUAGAACUGUUACACAUUUAUUGAGGAAUCCUGAAAGUAACGAAAACGAAAACCCUAAUUUGUUUUCAUAGAUUCUAGCGAAUUUUCUAGUUCCGGGACCAGAUUGCUAUCUUGGUCGUCUUAAUUUCUUGGAUUGGUGCGGGAGAUGUCCUCGUUCCAAGAGCAGGAGAUGGAUCAAGAUGACGACGUUGGGACUUCCGAUCUCAGCACCAGCGCCGGAGAGCCAGAGGACGACGUCAACACCAGUACCAACGACAAUGGCAUCUCGAAUCCUUUGUCGUUUGAUCAGAGUUUGAAGCCUCGAGCGGCGUCGCUGAAGGAAGAGCCGGUAGAUUCAGACCCGGAUGCGGAUCGGAAACCGAACCCGUCGCACCCUAUUGGGAUGGUUCCGGUGGCGAUGCAGGUGCCCGUUCCGGUGCCGGCCUCCGCCGCGCGCCGGUCGUCGACGAAGGACCGCCACACGAAGGUCGAAGGUCGCGGGCGUAGGAUUCGGAUUCCGGCCACGUGUGCGGCCAGGAUCUUCCAGCUGACCCGGGAACUGGGUCACAAGUCCGACGGCGAAACCGUGCGGUGGCUGCUCGAACACGCGGAGCAGGCUAUCAUCGAGGCCACCGGCACGGGGACCGUCCCCGCCAUCGCCGUCUCCGUUGGCGGGACCCUUAAGAUUCCCACAACGUCGUCUUCGAACCCGAACGGCCAUAACAGUCCGAAGAAGCGGAAACGCUCCUCCGCCGGCGAGUUCUGCGAAGCGAACGACGGCGUUUCGGUGUCUUCAGGGCUUGCUCCGGUGAGUUCCUCACCGGUGGGGCCGGCGACACCGGCCCCACAGGGGCUCGUGCCAGUCUGGGCCGUGGGCAACGCUGGGAUGAUGAUUCCGACAAACGCGGUUUCAGCCGGGGCGUUCUGGAUGAUUCCACCUGCGACGCAAGUAGCCGCCGGCCCAUCGAGCCAGCCACAGAUAUGGACAUUCUCGCCGUCGGUGACUCCCGUAUUCAACAUGUCGGCAAGACCCAUUUCGUCGUUCGUGUCGGCGACGCAGCCGGUGAAUCCGCUGGCGGGAGUGGAGAUAAGAGCGCCGUCGCCGGCGAUGGGGAACAGCGCGACGGCGAGUAUGGCGAUGGCGGUGGCAAAAGCGGGGAAGAACUCCACCAUGGCUCCGUGCGUGAGCUCGAGCAGUACGAGUACGAGUAGGAGUAGCGGCAGUGGCAGCACGAAGGCACAGAUGCUAAGGGACUUCUCGCUGGAGAUUUACGACAAGAAGGAGCUGCAAUUGCAGUUGAUGGGUCAACAAGCUCAAUCUUCAAAGCCCUAAAAAAAGAAACAGAUGGGGAACGAGGAAGAAGAAGAGGAGGAGAAAGGGUUUAGGGCUUCUGUUUGUUGUCUGUAAUUUUUUGUUUAAAAUUAUCAUUCAAGAGUAGAAAUUUCAAAAUUGUGAUGCAAUUCGGGUUGUCUCCGCCGUGCAAAUGUACAAAAAGCAAAAGCUUUGAACUCCAGCGGGUUGGAUCACCA